UCUUCCCUCACACCUCAACAUGGUUCUUAAGGUUUUCGUCAUCGCUGUCCUUGUGGCCGUCACUAUCGCUGACACUAUCCCCUACACCCCUCCACAUCCCUCCUACAACGCUCCUGCCCCUACUGGUCCUGCCCAGUACAACUUUGACUGGUCAGUGAACGACGCAAACUCCGGCAACGACUACGGCCACAACGAAGGUCGUAAUGGAUACGAUACUCAGGGAUCCUAUUAUGUUCAGCUUCCCGACGGUUCCCGACGGUCGUUUGCAGAGGGUUACCUACACCGUGAACGGUGA